CCCCAACUCUCCAUUGCUCCUUCUCAAGAGAGGCUAUAAAUACGGACGAUUCCUCUCCCAAUUGUUCAUCGAAAAGACCCACAAGAGAGAGAUCAUUGAAAAAAAGACAAAAGAGAACCCAACAGCAUCGCAACAAGAAGAUUUAUGGCAAAGGUGUCAUCAAACCCUCUUGUUGUGGGGAGAAUCAUUGGAGAUGUGACCGACUCCUUCUCUGCCAGCGUCAAGAUGACAGUCACUUACAACUCCAACAAGCAGGUCUUCAAUGGCCAUGAGCUCUUCCCUUCUUGGGUCACCGCCAAGCCCAAGGUGGAGGUUCAUGGUGGUGACAUGAGGUCCUUUUUCACUCUGGUGAUGACAGACCCAGAUGUUCCUGGUCCUAGCGAUCCAUAUCUGAGGGAGCACUUGCACUGGAUAGUGACAGACAUCCCUGGCACCACGGAUGCUACAUUUGGGAAGGAAGUGGUGGGCUACGAAAUGCCGAGGCCAAACAUAGGGAUCCACAGGUUCGUGUUCCUCCUCUUCAAGCAGAAGCGCAGGGAAAUGGUGAGGCCUCCUUCCUCGCGAGACCGCUUCAACACCCGGAAGUUUGCCGACGACAACGAGCUCGGCCUUCCAGUCGCCGCCGUCUUCUUCAACGCCCAGAGGGAAACGGCCGCGAGGAGGCGCUGAGACAUAUCCAAAACCGCAAGGAGGCGCCGAUGGCGAACUGGCGCUGGCUCCAAUUGGCAAACAUUUAAGGCAUUAGAUAAACGCAAGGCUUGGUAUCUAGACGUCGUUUAACACUUGAAACGAAAAGGAAUAAUCGAACUUAGGCAUAGAAAGAGGUCGGGCGUCGUCUCUUUCUUUAAAUGUAACUAAGCUUAGCUUGAUGCUUGGCAUAGCUCUCUCUCCCCGUAUGGUGUUGCUGCUGUAACUCUCGCUAGUCGUAUAAAUAAAAGUAAAUUUCGUAA